GAUUGAAAGACAAAUAUUUUCUUUAUCCAUUUUAAUUACUUUGCAAACCGGUCCAUCUUUCUUCUCCUCCUAUCAAAAAGAAGAAGAAGAAGAAGAAAAAAAAUCCAUCUUCGCUUUCCCGUGAUGUCCAUAUCCGAGACUCCUUCGCAUUAAAUAAAACAGUGCAAGAGAUUAACCAGAACGAGACAAAAUACUGACUUAAGGAAAUUACGGAUCAAGAUGACGAACGGCCUGCCAUCCCAUCCCCUUCUCGAUCUCUCCGCCAUCUUCCUACUCGCUACUUCCUCCCCCCAUCAUCAUUCAUCACCCACUCCUCUUCACCAAUUCCUCCCCCAUCAUCAUUCAUCACCCACUCCUCUUCGCCAAUCCAUUCGUCAACUCAGCGCUCCUCCGCCAAUCCGCAGAGACCGUCCGAAAGAACUCCUCCCUCCUGUUUUCCUCAGCCAAGAAUCUUGUCUGAAUUUGGCUUUUAUCUUAUCCGAAAUCAUUCACCUGGCUCGAAGUCUUCGUCUUAUAUCUGCAUGCCGAGAAGAAAUCCAGUGGAAAUUUGGAUGCAUGUGGGAGGAGAUCGGAAACAUGCGUUGCCGGGUUUCUGAUUGCACCAAUACCAUCCAGGAAGCUGCAGAAGCCUAACAGGAGUGGAUAGAAGAAAGGCCGCUGGAAUGACCAACAGGCUUCUCGGCAUCGCGGCGCAGAUCACGUUGAUGGCAAUCGUGGUCUCCGUCGUGCUGCUCUUCGUGGGCAUCGGAAUUCUGGUGCUGAUCCACGUCUGCGUCCUCGGGAGGGCGUUCCGAGGAGGCCACGGCGCUGCCGCGAGAGCCGACGGGAGCAACGAGGUGAGCAGUGGCCUGUCCGCGGACGACUUGGAGAAGCUCCCUUGCUAUGAUUUCAAGGCCGGGGACAAGGGAAGCGGCCCGAUUGAUUGCGCCGUGUGCUUGGAGAGCUUUAAGAUGGGGGAUCGGUGCAGGCUGCUGCCUGCUUGUAAGCAUAGCUUUCAUGCCCGGUGCGUGGAUACUUGGCUGUUGAGGUCCCCGGUCUGCCCGAUUUGCCGGGCCAGCGCCGAUCACCGGAAGGGCUGUGAGGCUUCGUGCGAGAGCGGAGUGGUAAUGGUGAGGAUUCCAUUGCCUGUCCAUGCCUCGACUUCGGAAUAGAUGUUUGAGAGGUUGAUGGAUGAUAAAGAUCGAUACCUUUUGGUUUUUAUACUUGAUUAGUAGAACGUUUGAUUUCUGAAAGCAUGUUAAUUACCCGUUAGUUUUCGAUAAUUGUCUAAUAUGAUCAUGUGAUUAUGAGAAAUCCUUUAUCGAAUUCUAAGGUCUUUUUUAUCCUGAUUGCUGGAAA